GACGAACAACAGCCGCCGCCGUCGUCUUCUCUCCGUGGAAACGCCAAGCCAAUGGCUGCCGCCGCUUCUUCCGCAGCUAUGGUGUCUGUUACGCUUACAAGAGGCCUUGAACCAGAUAUCUUCAAGUUCAAGACGCCACAAGCCGCCACCUUCCACAGGCACAGGAGGAAUCGGCCGCCCGUUAUUGCGGCUAGGGCGCCUCCUCCUCUGCUUCCUAGUCGUGGGGCUCGGAAAGUCGCCGGAAUUGUCGCCGCCAUAUCGUCUGAGCCGAUCGAGAAGGAGAUGCCGCGCGCCGUCAGCAGUCCCCAGUCCAAACAUCUCGUCGACUCCAUUAUCGCCAAGGUUACCAAUACAGAUCGAGGUGUUUUGCUGACAACAGAUGAACACAAUAAGGUAGCUGAAGUUGCUGAAGAACUACGCAAAUUUUGUGUUGACGAGCCUGUAAAAUGUCCUCUCAUAUUUGGAGACUGGGACGUGGUGUAUUGUUCAGUCCCUACAUCCCCUGGAGGUGGAUACAGGACCGCACUGGGCCGCCUUGUCUUCAACACGAAAGAAAUGAUUCAGGUUGUCGAAGCUCCUGACACCGUGAGGAACAAAGUUUCCUUUUCUGCUUUCGGGUUCCUUGAUGGAGAGGUCUCCCUGAAAGGAAAGCUGAAGGCCCUCGACGAGAAAUGGAUCCAGGUAGUAUUUGAGGCACCAAAACUUAGAGUGGGAGGAUUAAAGUUGCAGUAUGGGGGUGAGAGUGAGGUUAAGCUGGAAAUUACGUACAUUGAUGAGAAGAUCAGAUUGGGAAAAGGUUCCAGAGGUUCUCUGUUUGUCUUCCAAAGACGCAAACAAGCUGUGUAAAAUGUUCAAGUUUCAAGCUAGAGCAAAUUUCUCUGUUUUUCCCGAGAAAAAGGGAUAAGGAGGGGGCGAUCAUGGAACUCUUUGCUGCUCACUGCGACUUAACUCCAAGAAGAUUUGUUUAUUUUUGUUUUGUUGUCAUAUUACUUCAAACUGGAUACACACACACACCCCUAUUGUACCUAAUAUGACUGACUGCUUCAGGUGUUAAUUUGUCAUGAGUUUUGAAGAA